AUGUCUCAGAGAGAUUACGCGCCACUAAGUUUAGCCUGCGUGCACGGGCUUUGCGACAAAAUAUAUGACAAACGUAAAUUUGCUGGCGUCGAAAUUGAAAAAAUGGUAAAAGAUUUCAACGAUGCAAAGAACACGAGUCAAAUUAAGCGACUAAUUAGAGUUCUCGGUCAAGAUCUGAUGUCCUCAACAAAUCCUAAUGUUAAAAAUGGAGCUCUCAUGGGAUUAUCCUCAGUGGCUGUUGGUUUAGGGAAGGUCAGUAGCGGCUUUGACCUGCAUCAGGGCUGCAUAGAGUAUCUGCCCGAGCUGAUACACCCGAUCGUGGCUUGCUUCAGCGAGAGUGAGUCUCGUGUGAGGUACCAGGCGGCUGAAGCGUUGUUCAACGUGCUCAAGAUAGCGCGUGGCGCCGCCCUCGCGCACUUCCCGCUCGUGUUCGACGCGCUGGCGCGCCUGGCGGCUGACCCAGAGCAGCAGGUCAAGCAGGGAGCUGAACUACUGGAUAGACUAGUCAAGGACAUAGUGACGGAGUCGCAAACGUUCGAGUUGGCGUCGUUCAUCCCGAUGUUGCGCGAACGCAUCUAUACGCGCAACGCGUUUGCGCGACAGUUUAUUGUGUCGUGGGUGUCCGUGUUGGACGCCGUGCCUGAUAUAGACCUCAUCGUCCACCUACCGGAGCUUCUCGACGGUCUUUUCAAAAUGUUGGACGACACCAACUCAGAAAUCAGAAGAAUGUGUGACGUUCAGUUGAACGAAUUUCUAAGGAGUAUAAAGAAGGAUCCGUCGAGGGUGGACUUCCAGGCGAUGAUCAACAUUCUCAUUACGCAUGCGCAGUCGCCUGAGGAAUUGAUGCAGUUGACAGCUAUAACGUGGAUCAAAGAGUUUGUAGAACUGGCGGGGGCCAGCAUGUUGCCGUACGCGUCGGGCGUUUUGUGCGCCGUGUUACCUUGCCUCGCGUAUCAUGAUGAGCCUCGGAAGAGUAUUCGUGAGACAGCAGCCACAGUGAACUUCCAGCUCACGAAGCUGGUAGUGUCUUCAUCAGACGCCUCCCCUCCUAAAGAAGGCGAAGGCGAGGAGCCCGCGGAGAGCGAUAAGCGACUUAAUUUGGACUCUGUAGUGGCGGUGUUGAGGCAGAUGCUGCACCAUGGGUCUGUGCACACUAAAGUUGCGGCCUUAGAUUGGAUAUUGCACUUGUAUAACAAGCUACCUAGUGAGAUGUUCGAGGAGACGGACAAGCUGUUCGUGAGCGUGGUGGGCAGCUUGACGGACGGGUCGGACGACGUGGUGCGGCGCUCGCUGGCCGUGCUCGCCGAGAUCUGCUCCUGCUCGCCGCACGCCGACGCGCACCAAGGUGACUUAGAGUCGAGCCCGUAUUACUACAAGUUCCUACAAAACCUAUUGAGGUUAUUGGCAGCCGAUGAGAACUUAUUGGAAGAUCGAGGGGCUUUCAUUAUAAGGCAGCUAUGCAUCUUGUUAAACGCAGAGGACAUAUACAAGGCUCUAUCCAAGAUCUUGUUGGAGGAGAAGAACCUCCGCUUCGUGGCGACCAUGGUGGACGUGCUGAACACCAUCCUGCUCACGUCGGCGGAGCUGUACGACCUCAGGCUGCAGCUGCGGAACUUUAACAAGCCGGCUACGCACUCGCUGUUCGUGUCGCUGUACCAGUGCUGGUGCCACAGCCCCGUGUCGCUGCUGGCGCUGUGCCUGCUCACGCACAACUACUCACACUGCAACGCGCUCAUCUCAACAUUUGGUGAUUUAGAAAUAACUGUGGACUUUCUAACCGAAGUAGAUAAACUGGUACAACUCAUCGAGUCUCCUAUAUUUGCAUACAUGCGGCUGGAGCUGCUGGGCGGACAGAGCGAGGGUGCGGCGGCUCUGCGCGGGGCGCUGUACGGCGUGCUCAUGCUGCUGCCGCAGACCGACGCCUUCCACCUGCUGCGCAACCGCCUGCAGUGCGCGCCCGCACACCCCGCGCUGACUAAAUCGACCCAAGACGAUGGCGAGAAACCAUCAAUAGACUUUGACAAGUUGUUAGAAGACUUCAAGCGCGUCCAGGCGGCGCACCGAGCGUACAAACUGGUGGACAGGAGUCGCUCCAAACUGUUAGACAAGGGAUACUCUUAG